ACGGAGGAGGAGCCAGUGGAACGCCAUGUGACCCUGCCCUUGUCACCCUCGGCAGCGCCCACGACUUUCCAGGAAGCCCGUCCCGAGUGUGGAGUGCGCGGCUGAAGCAUCAGUCAUCUACGCCGUGGAUAAAGUGAGACCCAGCCUGUCUGUCACCCAGGAAGCCCCUCGCUAAAGAAGAUGCACCCAGAGCCCAAGCCUGGAGACCUGAUUGAAAUUUUCCGCCCUUUCUACAAACACUGGGUCAUCUACGUUGGCAAUGGAUAUGUGAUCCACUUGGCCCCCCCAAGUGAAGUGGCAGGAGCUGGUUUAGCCAGCUGCAUGUCUGCCCUGAGUGACAAAGCUGUUGUGAAGAAGGAACUGCUGCGUGAGGUAGCUGGGAGAGACAGAUACCAGGUCAAUAACAAACAUGAUGACAAGUACACCCCACUGCCUCCCAGCAAAAUCAUCCAGCAGGCAGAGGAGCUGGUGGGGCAGGAAGUCCUCUACAAACUGACCAGUGACAACUGUGAGCACUUUGUGAAUGAGCUGCGCUAUGGAGUUGCUCGCAGUGACCAGGUCAGAGAUGUCGUCACGGCUGUGGGCAUCACUGGAGUAGGUUUGGCAGCCAUGGGCCUCAUUGGAGUCAUGUUCUCAAGAAACAAGAAGCAAAAGCAAUAAGUGAAAGGUCUAUCUUGCCAGGGCCUUCCUUAGACGGCUGACGCGGGGAGGUGGGAAGGGUCUUCUUUUGCUAAAACGUUUGGGGCUUAGAUUUCAUUAUAUGUUGUAAUUAGCCUUAUUUUCACAGAAUAAAAUAAAGCACAAAAAGCGAGGCCUUU